AUGAGCGUUUAUAGACAGAAAGAUUACAUUUUAUUGAAGCUUCAUGAGUGCCAAGAGAAAUUUAUUAAGCUGCAGGAGAUAUAUGAAUUUGAUGAUCAAAAAUCGCCGGUAAAUCUCACCCUUGAGCUUCUAGAAGAGGAUUUUCCCGUGAAAGAUGGCUCAAAAAAGUACCAGCAAAGAGUCAGUUCUCUGAAAAACAGCUGCGAUGCUCUACCAAUGCAUGUUGUCCUCGUCAAUAAGAAUUUUAUGACGCAAAUGAAAGAAACUGAAAUUGAAAUUGUUGGACAUUGUCGACUUUUGUGUGUGGCUGGGAAGUCGAACAUGACUUUCAUCGAUGAUUUUGUCAUCAGAAAACAAUACAGAGCCCAAGGUUUUGGGCGAUAUUUGUUCAAAUCUUUGGAAGAAUUUCUCAAGCUUGAACUCGACCAGGACUCUUUUGGAAUUGCUUCAAAAACUGAGAUUGAUCGCUCAUUUUUCCGCCACAUGGGAAUGAACAAGCUUGACGAUGGCCAGAAAAUACCUUACAUUGACGUUCAAGAAGGACAAUUGCUCAAUAAACUGAACAAAUUCUUCUCAGGGAGGAUUCAAAAGACCAUCUUUCCAUCAAAUAAUGGCCAUUUUUGA